AUUGGCCUGCAUUAUGUGUCAUUCAUCCACCAAAGCAUUCAUUCUUUCCAACACAGCCAUCCACGCAAAAUAACGCUAUCAAACAGAACAUGUCGGAAGACUUCUCAGGGGUCUCGCUACGAGACAAGACCGCUAUUGUGACGGGUUCGUCGAGAGGCCUUGGGGCUGAGAUCGCCGUCACCCUCGCCAAGCGCGGAGCUAACGUUGUGGUGAACUAUGUGUCAGAAGGUAGCAAGAAGCGCGCCGAGGAAGUCGUGAAUCAGAUCAACAACCUCGGCAGGGAGGCUGUCAUAGUUCAAGCCAGCGUCAGCGACAUAGAUCAGAUUCAACCUAUUGUGGACGCUGCAUUGAAGUUGAGCAAGAACGGCAAGAUUGAUAUUUUGGUCCACAACGCGGCUCAAGGUCUUGAAGCUAAUCUUAUCGAUACCACCGUGGACUUCUACAAUCAACACUUCGACUGUAAUGUCCGGGGUCCGAUUCUUUUGACCAAGGCUGCAUUACCACAUAUUCCUAGAGGUGGCCGGAUCGUCUUCAUCUCCUCGGCAGCUGCGCGUCUCGGAGUUGGAGGUCAGACUGUCUACGCCGCAACUAAAGCUGCCAACGAAGCUCUGUGUCGUACAUGGGCCAAAGAGCUGGGCCAUACAUAUGGGGUUACCGUGAAUAAUGUCAACCCAGGACCAAUUGCCACCGAUCAAUGGUUCAAUAGUGACGAACAAUUCUUGAAGGACAUGCAGCCAUUGAUCGAUUCUACCCCAGCAGCGCCUCGAGUCGGCGAGGUCAGUGAUGUGGCCCCUCUCGUCGCAUUCCUUUGUACCGAUGAUGCUCGUUGGGUAACCGGAUCAUCUUUGUCAGCGUCGGGAGGACUGAUUCAAUUUUGAGCAUGCAAAAACAAGAAACAUUCUUCUCCUGGUCCUUGCUAGCAUGGCCUUUCAACGCAGCCAUGUU